AUGUACAGAAACGUCAAAGAUGUGUUCAUACCGGUAUUUUGGACGGAAAAUAGCGUUUCACUGAGCGACGAAUACACGAACGGAGUUAAAAUUAUGUUGAAAAUAGUCGAAUUCGGUCCUUUCGUUUAUUACGGACUUUUCAUUUUGGGUUGUUUGAUUAUCCUCGGAGUCAUACUGCUACACGUUUUCCAUUAUAAAAUUCCAAGAGAUGAAAAGAAAAGGUAUGAAAAAAUCAUUAUCGUUAUUAGGUAUUGCCAACUUAUCGUGGCGACCAAGAAACGUCACGAACGUAUGUCUCUUUUAAAUCAUAUGAAAUGUAUAUAA